AUGCCCUACAAGUGCUCCCAAUGUGGUAAAUCCUUUAGCGAAAAUGGCAACUUGCUGAUACACCAGAGGACCCACAUGGGAGCAAAGCCACUCACACAGGAGAGAAACCCUUUGAAUGUCCUGACUGUGGGAAAAGUUUCAGUCAAAUUUGACCUGGUGAAUCAUCAGAGGACUCACACAGGAGAGAAACCCUUUGAAUGUCCUCUUUGUGGGAAAAGUUUCAGUCAGAAUUCUGACCUAGUGAAACACCAGAGAACUCACACAGGAGAGAAACCCUUUGAAUGUCCUCUUUGUGGGAAAAGUUUCAUUCAGAAUUCUGACCUAGUGAAACACCAGAGAACUCACACAGGAGAAAAACCCUUUGAAUGUCCCGAUUGUGGGAAAAGUUUCAGUCAGAAUUCCCACCUGGUGAGUCAUCAGAGGAUUCAUACAGGAGAGAAACCCUUUGAAUGUUCUGAUUGUGGGAAAAGUUUCAGUCAGAAUUAUAGCCUGGUGGAACAUCAGAGAACUCACACAGGGGAGAAACCCUUUGCAUGUGUUGAGUGUGGGAAAAGUUUCAGUCACAAUUUCAACCUGGUAAGACAUCAGAGAACUCACACAGGAUAGAAACCCUUGGAACGUCCUAAUUGUGGGAAUAUUUUAGCCAGAAUUCCCACCUGGUGAAAAACCAGAGGACUCACAUAGGAGAGAAACCAUAUGUGUGCCCAGAGUGUAGGAAAAGUUUCAUUAAAAAUUUCCACCUCAUGAGACACUGGAUGCCUCACACAGGAGAGAAAUCCUUCAAAUAUCCUGUCUAUGGACGAUCUUCAAGUAUAAAUCUUCUCUUAUUUCCUACAAGAAAAUCCACAUGAAGGAAACAUUGAUGAGUUUAGAGAAGGGUUGAAUUUCAUUUCUAAUCUCUCAUUAGGAAUAUAAGUGACUAAUUGACUAUUUUAAUUCUGGCCUCAUUCUUUUUACUCAAACAUGUCUCAGGAUUAGACUUGUAGGUGAAUGAAAAUGAAAAAGGGCUAACUACCUGUUUCUGGUUAGCAGCAGCAGUUUUUGGAUAUUUCAUUUUUGCAGAAGUAAUGGAAUUCCUCAAAAAGGCUUUUGGGUGGUGUUUUUUGUAUAUCGCUUAUAUAAUUUCCACAGGUGGACUUUCCAUCUUCUACCUUGGUGUCCUCCAGAUUUUGAGUCCCAGAAUUCCGCAGCCAUCUUAUUAGUAGUCUUCUAGAUACAAUUGUAAUGGGACCUGCCAAUUAUAGUUGCAUGUUGCAAUGGUUUUUAAGCGAGAUUGCCUUGCUUAACCCUCCCCAUCUCCUUCUCUCCCUGAUGAAGCUGUUAAAAAUAUUAAAAAAUAUGAAUAUAAAAAUAUUCAAGUCAUUAAGAAAUAUUCAAGUCAUUAAGCAGAACAGUGACUACCUCAGGGUUGCAGGAAUGUCUUGGAGAUCUACUACACCAACUUUUGGGUUCCUACAGACCUUUCCCUCCCCACAGGCAUUUCCUACUCCCACUGGAACCCUGCGAUCAUUAGGGCUUACUCCCACCUCACCAGGCAUCACAACCUCCUCCUUCUCCAUAUCUUUUGAAGACCACUGAACCUCAUGUUGGUGAAGGAGGGUAAGACAUUUGUGGGCUGCAUGACUGUGUCAUGAAAGCAGCCGUUAUUUUGACUGUGCCUGGGAUUCAUGUCUAGGCCAUGCGGUGGAGUUGUGGAAGCAGCCACCAUUUGCCAUGUCUGCCUCUGUCAAAAUGGUGGCUGCUUCUGGGUCACUAUCACGUGGGACUGGGACAAAGUGUUUUGUUUUGCUACCUUAACACUUUGUAAACUGUGUUAAGGAAUUGUAGGUGCACUGGAAAUGGGAUGAGGUACAUGGGAGAUCUCCAAAAGGGCAGUAUCCUUGGGCUACAUGAGAAAUAGACAAGUACUGCUUCUGCCAAUUUUGUGCUGCAAAAAAAGCGAAUUCAGUCCUAGGCUGCAUCAACAGAGGCAUAGAAGUGAUAGAGUUACUUUACACUGUGCUGGUGACAGCACACCUAGAAUAGUGCAUCCAAUUCUGGUCACCACGAUAAAACCAGCCCCAUGAUGCUACGAUUCUAUGAAUUUAGAGGCAGUUUAGAAAAUAGGUACAUAGUAGCCCCAUAAACGUGUUUGCGCUAAAGGGACUUUUUUUAAAAAAGGUUACUUUCUUCAGAAAAUUAAUAUACAGUACAAACUCCAAAAACAGAAAGAUUUUUUUUCAAAAGCAAAACAAGGAUAGACAAAACAUUUAAAAGAAAAAAUGUGCAUUAAAAAGGACAAAAACAGAUUUACAUAUAUUACCAACCCCCCACUUGAAUAUUCAUAAAUAUAUUGGAGCAAUAUUAGUUUCCUACCCUUGUAAAGCAGCCCAAAAUUUAUAAACUUCUAUUCACAACCAAUUCGACGUUCAUCUAUAUACGAUACGUAAAGGCAUUAUAAUUAACAGAUGAACCAACAACAAAGUUAAACAUCAAAGCACUUUGUUAACAAUCUACUAUUCCGUUUAAUUUGUAUAAAGUUUAGAAUGGCUUAUUUACCAUAAAUCACCAGAACCAUUGUCUCUGUUUUGUCCAGGAUGAAAUAUCUUUGUUUGAUUCUUAUUAAUAAAACUUCUUCUUAAAAUUUAAGUUGAGAACAAUAAGACAACAGUUGUGUCUUAUUCCCCCAAUCCUUUGGUGGAUCCAUUUAACAUUUACAGCAAACAAGAUGGUCAGGAACACAGAAACAUCGUGAGGUAAAUCCAAAUAGCAUAAAGAGCACACAGAAGAAAAAAAGCGGGAAAAAUGGGAAACUCCCCCUUUGCAUCUACAGCAACCAAUUAUAGCGUAGAUUGCCUCAUGUAAGAUGUUUUAAUGGUGUUGUCAUUAGGUCAGCUAAAUUAUUUUCUGAUGGACAAUAAAUUAUGUCUAUUACAUUUUCUUUCACUGCUUCUCUGACUUUACAUUAUGUCAACACGCUUCCUUCUGGUUUGUACGCCCACCUGUUGUCAUUUGUACACCUUUUGUGUUAUCUUCAAAUACUGGUAUAGCUCCUUUCACUUCAACAUCCAAAUCCUUUACUAACCAUAUAUACCAUGUCAUCUCUGAAGAGAAUUGAAGACAAUUCUGAUAAUGCUAUGAAUUGUGCUGCAGCUGUGGAAAUGACAACUGAAGUCCGUUUUCUAGAUUUCCAACUAGCUAGUAUGUUUGCUGACAUCAUAACAAAUCCUGACAUUGACUUUGUCUCUUGUACAUCAUAAGCCCAAAUACUGUCUACAAAGCAUUUCAAUUCCAAUUCACUUGAUGGUUGUAAAUGCAAUCGUAAACCCAUGGUUCAAUAGCAAAUAUUCUUUUAAUUCCUAACCAAUUUUGUUGCAUAGGUUGUUAUUUUGUAAUAAUCUUUAUUCAAUCUUUUUCCAUUUUAAAACCACAUUUCCACUUUUACAGCUUUCAGUUAUUGGCAUCAAUUCUAAUUACAUAUUUUCCAUUUAUGGCCUAUUAUUUUAUACAUUUAUGUAGUUUUUAUAUUUAUACAUCUAGAUACCUAAAACCUUUUUCUAUGUUAUAGAAUUGUUCACCUUUAAUAUACGUUUUCUAAAUUCUAAAUUCUUAUGUAUUAAAUAUAUAUAUUUACACAGCCCCUUUAACAUCAUAUUCAUACAUUUAUACGGUUUUCACUUUAACAUAAUUUCUAUGUAUAUUCUAUACAUUAAUUUUACAUCUAAUUUCUAGCCAUUUAUACCACAUGUUCCAGAUUUUAUAGAACUCUGUUUUCUCUCUCUCUUUUAACUCCAUAGUUAAUUUAUCCAUUUCUGCACACUCGAGCACCUUUUUUAUUAUCAUUGUGUUUGAUGGCAUGUUUUCCUGUUUCCAGUUCUAGGCAAAUGUGAUUCUGGCUGCAGUUAUGAUGUGGAGUAUGAUGUAUUGAAUCUUCUUACUUGUAUUUCCUUUUAUGAUACCCAAUAAGAACAGUUCUGAUUUCAUCUCAA